CUACAUCUUUCUCUCUCUAGAAGGAAAAAAAAAAAAAAGAGGAAAAGAACUUGCUUUCCUUUCUCUAUCUACUCAAGGGAAAAACAUGAGAGCUCCACGCACCCCCAUCAAAACCACCCAACUCUCUCUUUCUUCUCCAAUGGCCCAGCUGGACCAAAAUUUAUGUACAAGGAAAACAAAAAAGAAAGGAAAGAAUAGAUAGAGAGAGAACGGUGAAAGCAAGAGAAGAUAUAGUUAUCUUCAGAUGUCCCCCAAUCACAAAACUCUCUCUGUUUACCGGAAAUACCCUUCUGAAAAUCCGCCCCAAAAAUCCCAUCUUCAUCUCUUUCUCAAUUCUCAAAACAAACAAUUGUUUUUUUUCACCGAGUUAUUUGGGCUUCUUUGGGUUUUCCUUAUUUCGGUCAGAGUUUUCACAGGGUAAACAGGGAGACCAGAACCUUCCUCUAUAACUUUCCCUUGUUUAGCUCUCUAUUCUUAUUCUUUCUUCCUUAUCGAUAAAUACUCUGCUUUCUCCCCCUUUGUCUCUCUCUUCCUCCAUAUUUUCUUGUUUUGGCCUUUUGUGUUUUUUUCUCUGUGACCCAAAAUAUGAAGAAGAUGAAAGGGGUUGCUGCUGCUGCCGCCGUCAUGGCUUAUUCUCCAUAUGAUAUGUAUGAUGACCAAAGAGCGAGGUUCAGGUAUCCAACUCAUAUGGAAGAUAUUGAGGACUUGCACAAGGUGCUUUCUGUUCCUUCAGGAAACAGAGUCCAUGAGGAAGAAAUUGCAGAUGAUGAAAGAACAAAGAUUGACCCUGUUGGCAGAAGUCAAGUUUUUGAAAAGAAGGCACAAGUUCCUGAUGCAAGACCAAUCUUUAAAACCCCCAGCGGAACGACAUUUUUUGCAACCACAGGAUAUGGUGAUUAGAUGCAAAUCAAAUAUGAAAGCAAAGAAAUCCACUGGAAAGGGUACAUCGUCGAACCGAGCUAUGGCUUUUCAUCUGAACCAAAAGGGAAAGACAAAUAGUGUAAAGGGAACCUGUUUCACUCAUCCUGCCCUUAUGUUGGACGUAAACCGGAAGCAGCAGAAAAUUUCCAGUGGAAAGGAAGUUACUUUGCGAAGUUCUUUAUCGGUUCUCGACUUAAACCAGAGGGACAGGCUUUAUGGUGGAAAAGAGGCCACUGCUCAAAGCAUAAAACCGAUUUUUGACCUAAACCAGAUUUCGAGAGAGGAAGAAGAACUAGAAGCUCAAACUAAUUCAGUGAGAAUUGAGGAAUUUCAAAGAAGUUCAACCAGAAUCGGAAGUGAUGAGCAGCACCAGGAUGUCAAAAUAUCAGCCUGCAGGAACACUGGAAAUGGGCCAAACAGAACAGGAAAAAGAAAGAUCUCAUGGCAAGAUCAGGUGGCAUUGAGGGCUUAACUCUCUUGCCUGUCAUAGAGGUGCUCACUGAUUAGUUUGAGGGAUUUGGAAUAAUUGUCAGUUUAGCUUGGCUCCCCCCCCCCCCUCCUUUUCUUCUUAAUUGCUCCAUGCUCUUUACUUUCUGUCUUUUUAUCUCUUAUGUAAAGAAAAUAUAGUUGCAUCUGUUGGAUUUAUAAAGAUAAAUAUAAUAAUUGCUACUUGGGAAUUA